AAAAAGUCGACUUUUAGCUCAAUUUUGCACUGAUUUCUGGGUAAACUCCAUGGGAAUCUGGCCUUUUUGGCAGAUUGAAAAGAUAUUAAAAAAAUACGUUAAAAAGAAAAAUGGAUCCGAAGACGCGCGAUUUAUUGUUACUUUUGUUCGGAGGUCAUCGCGAGAGAGGACGUGGAGGCAGAAGCAGUAGAGGCUGGCGUGGUAGACAACAUUCUGUCUGGCGUCGUGAACAACAUGAUGGCUGGCAUGGUGGACAAUAUAGUGGCUGGCAUGGUGGACAAUAUAAUGACUGGCAUGGUGGACAGUAUAAUGACUGGCAUGGUGUACAACAUUCUGGCUGGCGUAGUGGACAACACGCUGGCUGGCGUGGUGAACAACAUACUGGCUGCAGUACCAGUCGUCAUUAUGGGAGCUGGCGUGCUGGCAUAGGUGAUGCGCACUGUUAUAAUAAUAAUAAUGAACAGUUUCUUACAGAAAGAAAUAAAAUAUCUACAGAAGAUAAACUAUUGAACAUGGCGACGGAACAUAUGGAGCUCAAGCCAGCAGAAAUUUGCUGUUGUUACAAAUCGAGUCAAUUUGAAAAAUUACAAAAAGAACAGGAGAAUAUAAUGAAUGAAGAAUAUAAAUGUCCCAUAUAAAUAUGAUGAAUGAUAUUAUAAAUGGUAUGGACUUGGCUGAAGUUCUACCAAACAGCAAAUAUUGAAGACGUCAUGAAAAAAGUCCUUUUAACUUUAUAUCAUUUGAUUUUAAAACAAAGGCUGACCCUCUGUUAUGCCUUCUUCUUGUUUAAUAUUAUAACCUUUUUAUAUUUUUUUUAAAUUUACAUUGAAUUUGUAAGAAUCUAGUUUAUUUUUGUUUUAGUUAUUUCAUAUAAAUAUUUAAUUAUCGACCCUACUCUGCACUUCAAUUCGAAUCGAAAUUUAUCUGCAAUCGUAUUGCACAAUACAUUCGAUCGUAAAGCAUUGACAUGAAUUUUUUUCUUUUUCAUACGAUUCCGUUCUUUUUGGAAAACCUUUUUUCGAUUGUAGGGUUGUAUAUAUAAAUUAUUUUCUUUAAUUAUAUGUUUUGUAUUGUAUUUUUUACACUUUGAAAUAAAAUUUAACAAAAAAA